CAAUUGAAAGUGUACCUGUCAGCUUUCUGGGAGCUGAAAGUUACUCAUCUGACAUCGUUUGCAUCCGUCAGCCCACAUUUAACAUCGAACUAUCGCUAAGUUAACCUACCGAGUGAGACUAAACAUGGCGGCCUACAAAUUGGUGCUUAUUCGCCACGGAGAGAGUAAUUGGAACCAGGAGAACCGCUUCUGCGGCUGGUUUGAUGCGGACCUGAGUGAAACUGGGGAACGGGAGGCAAAAAGAGGAGGACAGGCCUUAAAGGAUGCUGGCUACGAGUUUGAUGUUUGUUACACCUCCGUGCUGAAGCGAGCCAUCAGAACUCUGUGGCUGGUCUUGGACAGCAUUGAUCAGAUGUGGGUGCCUGUUCAUCGGACCUGGCGUCUAAACGAACGCCACUACGGCGGACUGACGGGACUCAACAAGGCGGAGACAGCUGCCAAGCAUGGAGAGGCUCAAGUGAAAAUCUGGAGGCGCUCGUUUGAUACCCCUCCUCCACCUAUGGGCCCUGACCAUGACUACUAUUCUGUGAUCAGCAAGGACCGUCGGUAUGCAGACCUGACUGAGGACCAGUUGCCUUCCUGCGAGAGCUUAAAGGACACCAUUGCGAGAGCUCUGCCCUUCUGGAAUGAGGAGAUUGCCCCUGAGAUCAAACAAGGAAAGAGAGUGCUCAUCGCUGCCCAUGGAAACAGCCUGAGGGGAAUUGUCAAGCACCUGGAGGGAAUGUCAGAUGAAGCCAUCAUGGAACUGAAUCUGCCAACUGGCAUCCCAAUCCUCUAUGAGCUGGACAAGAACCUGAAACCGGUAAAGCCGAUGCAGUUCUUGGGUGACGAGGAGACGGUACGCAAAGCCAUGGAGGCUGUUGCUGCUCAGGGAAAGGCCAAGAAGUGAAAAAAUGGAGAGCCAUAAAAGUCAUCUUUGUCUGUACUUAGGUUUACCCAAACUGCUUACUUCAGAUUUUUUUCUCCCUAAAAUAUUGCUUAUUUUGGUUUAGAAAAUGCUGGAUGUUCGGUAGUUUGUUGUCAAAACUUGCAUUCCUUAUUUAGUGGAGGAAAGAAUGGGUGGAUUAAAUGGGAUGUGCUGAAACUCCAGAAAAUAAAAAUAAAA